AUGGAUUUCUCUUGGGAGAACAAAGAGGGACAGAAUUGCUACAGUCUGGUGGAGUCCGACUCUUGUGAUGACGAGAAGUUCAAGGGCUUUUCUUCCAACGAAGCUUGUUGUCAUUGCGGUGGAGGUCAUCGCACCGCCACGCCUUUCACCUACUUCGUGGGAGCCACCGUGGUGGGCGCUACAGAGAUCGUGGGGCAUCCGGUCCCUCGGACGGCCUCCAAGUAUUCCGUCGACAAAGACUGCGAACUGGCGAAGUACGGUUUGACCAUCGAGGCCUCUACCGGUCAAUUGGCCUUUACGUCCAGUUGCAGUGUCGUCGGCUGUGGCACAAUCACCGAGGCCUUCUCGGUGUCUUGCACCAUCACAGCCGAACAGGAUGGAUCCUACUUGACCACCUCGGCGCUGUUGACGGUGAAUGCACAGUUGGGCCUGUCCUACGGCAACGCUCCCGUGGUCUUCAUGGACGAUCCCUCCGUGAAAACAACGUACUCGCCCGCUUUGACAGCGGCCUUGGCCGCUUCUUCUCCGACUUUUCAGCUGGCGUGUUCCCCUUCGGAUGCAUCAAACCAGUUCGAGCUGGGAGCGGAAGGGGAGCUCACAGCGAAGAGUGAUGCAAACGUUGCAGGCGGUGUGACGGGUGUACAAGAGGUUGGCUACGUAACGGCUCAAAGUGCCACUGACUCAUUCACAGCUCCUGUGGUGAUUUUGAUGCCAGAGAUUUGGAGUCAACUUGACUACGGCUUCGAGACAUUGUAUGUGACGCUUGGAGAAAGAUCUCCACUGUUGAAGCCCAUCGUGGAAGAUGGUAAGUUGCCACCAAGCCGUUUCUCUGCCUAUGUGGCAGAUGAUGCCUUUUCCUUCGAUGUCCUUACAGGUGCUGGAAGCUACAUGGGCCAUUUGCUUUUCCACCUCGAUGUCACCACAGGUUACUUCAGGCCAUUGGGAAGCUUGACAGAGUUGAUCACAUCAUCUUGGACUUUGUGA